GAGUUAAUACGUCAUCAUGCUAUUACAGGACCGAUUUCUGUGCAGUACGACAGGUCCUGUUAGCGGUGUAUGCUGUUUACUGAGCUAAGCUGUGUUAAAUACUUAUUCUGUUGCAAUUAUCAGCCUAUUACUUUUUAAAGCGGGGGAGGGCUUUCGCCGAGGUCGGACAUGAGCAGCUCUGAGGAAGUAUCCUGGAUUUCCUGGUUCUGUGGACUCAGGGGGAAUGAAUUCUUUUGUGAGGUAGAUGAGGACUAUAUCCAGGACAAGUUCAACUUGACGGGGCUCAAUGAGCAAGUUCCCCACUACCGACAGGCCCUAGACAUGAUCCUCGACCUCGAGCCAGAUGAAGAACUGGAGGAUAAUCCUAAUCAAAGUGACUUGAUUGAACAGGCAGCCGAGAUGCUGUACGGCCUUAUUCAUGCUCGGUACAUCCUCACCAAUCGGGGCAUCGCUCAGAUGCUGGAGAAGUACCAGCAGGGCGAUUUCGGAUACUGUCCCCGGGUUUACUGUGAAAACCAGCCCAUGUUGCCUAUUGGGUUGUCGGACAUCCCAGGAGAAGCCAUGGUGAAGCUGUAUUGUCCCAAAUGUAUGGAUGUGUACACCCCCAAGUCCUCGCGUCACCACCACACCGACGGGGCCUAUUUCGGGACCGGAUUCCCCCAUAUGCUGUUCAUGGUUCACCCUGAGUAUCGCCCCAAGAGGCCUGCCAACCAGUUUGUGCCCAGGCUUUAUGGCUUUAAGAUCCACCCCAUGGCCUACCAGCUACAGCUGCAGGCAGCCUCCAGCUUCAAGAGCCCCGUCAAGGCCAUGCGCUAGGUCGCCAUGGGAAGAGGUGUUGGCACCGGGCUCGGCGUCCAUGCCCGCGGCGUGCAGCAAGCAGCCAUAUGCGUUUGCUUAGGAUUUCACAUUCAAAACGGACAGUUAACAUAAACAGAGAGGUGAAGACGAUGCCCCCCCUCUGUCACACACACACACAAACACACACACACACACACGCACGCACGCAGAUGUCCACAAUUGUGCAUGUCUGGCUGUAACAGAGACCCCGUUGAGUGACCUGUACACCAUCCUCCUCUACCGGUCGCUUCCAUUAAACGAAGGCGCACAGUUAGCCUCUGACUUUUUUUUUUAAACAUUGCAUCUGUGAUCUGAAUGUUCUGCAGAGAGACGGUCAUUUGGAAAGGACUGAGUAAGUUUGAAGUUCUUUAACAUUCUUGCCCAUAUGACACUUAAGUGCCACCGUGGGUCUUUGGCUUAAGGACUCGGUUACUCUUGUAGGCAUGUGACGUAUUCAGGAGUUUGGUUUUUGUUUGUUUUUCUUUCUUUUUUCCUAGUAGAUCCUCUACUAGACUGCAGUGCUGUGCAGACCUGAGCUAGACAGUUACCACAGUCCUCCAGCAUAAAAUCUCUUCCUGCUGAGACAGACUCCUGGAAUAGUGCUGCUGUGCAUUUCAUGGUGGGACUGCAUAUUUAUUUAAGUAUAUAUAGGAACCAGAUGAGAUUCCCAACAGACUUUCAAUUUAAAGCGAUUAAGCUUGUCUUGCGACCGUAACUGUCUUGUUUUAUUUUAUUUUUCCUCCGGUGUGUAACUACGAACAGGGUUCAGAAUGCACAAUAAAACUUUCUUUCACAUUCUUGA